GCUCCCGCCCCGGACUGCAACACCCACAAUGCAUCGGACGCGCCCUUCACUGACAGCAGCGCCUGAAACGUGCGAGUAAAGCAGCUCAAAGUCACAACAGCGCCAAAGAAAGUGGAAUAAAAUGUGCUUCCCCGCCUCUCCCACAGAACAGACACCUUCUUUGAGACAUAUGUUUUAAAUCCGCCGUGUUUUCAGUGUUAGUUUACGCUGACUGGGCUCCUCUUCUGCUGCUGUUUAUAAUCCCCUAAAGUUUGAGGUUUUCUGUGGAUCUUUGACCCUGAGAGACACAACAGGUGCUGUCCGACGCCCAGGUGUGAUUUGCGUGUCGGCCGGUGAGUCCCCUGUGUGCUGCGUGCAUGAAUGGAUCAGGUUAGGAUGGGUAAUGUGGUUCAGGAACGCCAGGGGGCGCUGGCACAGGGAGAAGUGCUGCCCCGUCCUGCUGCCAGCCAAUCAGAGGGUUUUAAACAGGGUCGAUCGGUCUUGAACUCUCUGGUUUCGGGAGCGUUUGCUGGAGCUGUGGCUAAAACUGCAGUCGCACCACUGGACCGAACCAAGAUCAUCUUUCAGGUGUCAUCAAAUAGAUUUUCGGCCAAGGAGGCGUACAGGUUAAUCUACCGCACAUAUCUAAAGGAUGGCUUCUUCAGUUUGUGGAGGGGAAACUCGGCCACAAUGGUGCGCGUCAUUCCUUACGCUGCCAUCCAGUUCUGCGCACAUGAACAAUACAAGGGCAUUCUGGGAAAGUAUUAUGGCUUCCAGGGCAAGGCUCUGCCGCCUGUGCCGCGUUUGCUGGCUGGAUCACUUGCAGGAACUACAGCCGCCAUUAUCACGUAUCCACUGGACAUGGUCCGAGCACGCAUGGCCGUCACACCCAAAGAAAUGUACAGUAAUAUCAUGGAUGUGUUUGUCCGCAUCUCUCGUGAGGAGGGUCUGAAGACGCUCUACAGGGGUUUUACUCCCACUAUUCUGGGCGUCGUGCCGUACGCAGGACUCAGUUUCUUCACCUACGAGACACUCAAGAAGACCCACGCAGAGAAAACGGGCCGUGCUCAUCCGUUCCCAUAUGAGCGUCUGGUGUUCGGAGCGUGUGCGGGUCUGAUUGGUCAGUCAGCUUCCUACCCACUGGACGUGGUGCGCAGACGCAUGCAGACGGCGGGUGUCACUGGACACACGUACAGCACAGUCUUGGGCACCAUGCGGGAGAUCGUGGCGGAGGAGGGCAUCGUCCGUGGACUCUAUAAAGGCCUGAGCAUGAACUGGGUCAAAGGUCCCAUCGCUGUCGGCAUCAGCUUCAUGACCUUUGACCUCACGCAGAUCCUGCUGCGCAAAUUCCAGCUCCUGUGAUACAGCACACGGUAGCAGCACAUGGAGGAACUGCAGUCCUGAAAGUAACCGAACAAACGCUUCUUUUUAAACCUGAGCAUAUGCUGCCAAUGAAACGUGUGAUGGAGACGAGUAGGGUUUGAUUUUAGAGAUUAGAGUGUGUUUGAGUGUGUUAGGACUCGCUGAAUGUAGACCUGCAGCACAGACUGAGUGCAAUACUGACUGGCUGAGUGAAUGGCUCAAAGAAAGAAAGAAUGAAUGAAUGACUGAUUGAAUGAGUGGAUGAAUGAAUAAAUGACUCGAAGGAAUGAAUGACUAAAAGAAAGAAUGAAUGAAUGAAUGAAUGAAUGAAUGAAUGAAUGAAUGAAUGAAUGAAUAAUGACUAACCAAAUGAACAGCUGAUUGUAUAAAUGAAAAAUGAAUGACCGAUUGAUUGAUUUGAUUG